AUGGCCGGUGGUCUGUUUGCCAUGGACAGGAAGUACUUUAACGAGCUGGGCCAAUAUGACAGCGGCAUGGACAUCUGGGGUGGUGAGAACCUCGAGAUCUCCUUCCGGGUAAAUAAAACGGCCACAUACCAUCACUACCACUCACUGUAUCACACUCACUACAUUACUGCUACAUGUUAUUCUUAGGAAGGGUGCAGAUGCUCCCAAAGCAACACAUAGGGCGACAGGUAGCCUAGCGGUUAAGAGCGUUGGUUGCUGGUUCAAUCGCUAGCCGACUAGGUUAAAAGUAUAUGCCUUUCAGUAAGGCACUUAACCCUAAUUGCUCCUGUAAGUCGCUCUGGAUAAGAGCGUCUGCUAAAUGACUAAAAUGUAAACAUAGAACACCCAGACUUUCAGUUGAAAGAUGUAAUUUCCAUUUUAGGAUGGGUGCCAAAUGCACACGCACGCACCUCGUCAAAUGAGCUAUGUCAUGUCAACCACUCACUAUAAGCUCAAGACACGGUUUAUUUACCCACAUUUUGGCUCAUUUCUUCUAAUGCUUUGCCUCAGUGAACUUAAACAAGCUUUUCCCCCUAAGAAAAAUACACAGUGAAAUAAAAUGUCAUAACCGACAGCCAAAGGCAAUUUUAUUUCUCAACAUUACGUUUUGGUCCAGUUGAGUUGGAUCUCCGCAGACUAGCAACUGCAUAUUGACUUGCUACAUGAAUCCAUCCAACAUCAAUAUUCCUUUCUCGCCUCAAAUAGUAUUUUUAGUUCUCUUACCUUUACCACAUCAGAGUUGGAUAUUUCUCUUCCAGUCCUGUUUAAUAUUCUUGGCAUGGCUGCUUUCUCAUGUUUUGCAAUGUUACCCUGUUUGAAAAGAGUCCAGUAUAUGACUUCAGUAAGGGAAUGUUAUGAAGGUGGAACAUUGUCAGAUUACAUGAAUCAAAUGGCUCUCGACCAAUGGGGAAUGGAGCUGAUGUUUGGUCAGACUUGUACUGCUCUUAUUAAUUGAAUUAAGUCCUAUGUCCUAGCGUUUCCCAAAACGUAACUUUCUUGGAACAACUACAGCGGGCUUUUUUAUUCAGGUGUAGAGGGUGAGGUGUUAAGGGGAUGAGUUUGGAGAGUGGGGAGCAUCAGGGUUGUGGCAACGACGUGUGCUCACCCAGUGAUUGAGUGGUCUUCAUGGUAGUAUACUUGGCCACAUAGUCUGUAGUCUUUCUUGCUCCCUCCCCCAUGGAUUUAGUGAAAGGGAAUUUUUAACGUACAAACAAUAUAGCCUUGUUGAAGUGUCCUGGCACUCUAACCAACAAGUCAAAUAUUCAUACUGACUUUCUCUUUAUCAGAUCUGGAUGUGUGGUGGCCAGCUCCUGAUCAUCCCCUGCUCGCGGGUGGGUCAUAUAUUCCGUAAACGCCGGCCUUACGGGUCACCCGGAGGUCAGGACACCAUGGCCCACAACUCCCUGCGAUUGGCCCACGUAUGGAUGGAUGAAUACAAGGUACCUCAGAGGGCGAUAGCACUAAUUACACAUCAUUGAAAUCCAGUCUAUAAAAUCACCCAUUCUCCAUUGGUUCAGGGCCUGAAAUUAAAAUCCAUUCAACUGUGUUUGUAUGAAAUCCAGCACGCACAGGGGCCCGUAAGAACCUAGACUGAAAACUACUGGGCUCGUAUUCAGCGUAUCAGAGUAGGAUUGCUGAUCUAGGAUCAGUUUUUCCUUUUUAGAUCAUAACUGGUCCAGAUCUGAAGAGAUCACUUUUCACAUUCAACCUUUUCCUGAGGCGCCUGUUAUGACCGCAAGCAAUCCAUAAGAAAACUAAACAUCCGAUGAAAUCAGCAUUUCUUCUAAUCACUCUCAGCUCUGUCUUUAUUAGCACAAUGAUGUUUGUUCCUUUCCAAGCUACAAAGAGCUAUAAUUGCUUUCCACGGUCUGAAAAUAGCCAACCUAAUUGGAAAGGAAGCCAAUUGCGUUGUUUGGGUUCUCCUGAGAGAGCUCCCAUUCACACACGUCAAUGUCUCACUACAAGUGAGUCUGCAUUUGUUUUCUCAUCAUUCCCCUCGGUGUGUGAACAGUUCUUGUUUCCAAACUAAACAGUAGAGGCCUUGGAUAUGAUUAGUUAUUUAUGUAUUCGUUAUUACUUAGAACUCUUGGUGCACAUAAGGCAUCCACAAGACAGCGCCACUGUUUCCGGCGAGGUUUGUGCUGCUUAGUCUCGUCUCUCUUCCUUGCUCUUUCCUUCCUUCCCCUUUUAAAUUAUUUACUGUACAUUGAACUAAGAGUGUGAUUCGUAAAUUGCCUUCCCUUACUCUGAAUUGUUAAUUCAACAGAGUAGUGUAUCAAUGUUCCAAGCAGUUUAAGUCUUCCAGACUGGUUAUUUUGGGGGAUUUUUUUUCAUUAGUCCACUGUUGAUACAGUCCUAUUUUUUGUUGUUGCAUGUCAGCAGUGAAGUUUUCAAGAUAUUGGACUUUCAAGAAGCAAAGUGUCACCGGCCACAUCAUCAUGAUGAUGCAAAAUGCAAUGAUCGUUUUUGAGUGGAUUUUCCCUUUAAGAUGAAGUUUGGGUUGGCCAGUUCUGACUUCUCCAUCACCACACUAAUCAGAGACUGGGACAGGUUUUGUUUCCACGGAAACAGCCGGCCUAAAUCAAGAUAUAUUAAACAGGUUCUCAAUAAAGGGAAUAAGAUAAACGUCUUGAUUGUAUCGGCCAAUCGAAAUAGACCUAAGAGUUUUCAAUCUUACCUCUGAAAUACUUAUUCUGAGUCUUACCACCCAGAAAAUACAAGCUUUUUUCAUGACCAAAGAGAGGGUGGAACAACUAGGAGUACUGUUGACUUGUCGAGAUUCCAGUUCAGUACUAUAAAUAUUUCUGAAUCACUCUCUACAGUAGUUUGUCUCAGCUUUAUUCUGUUUUUCUGAUAAAAUGUUUGUUUACAAAUUGACUUUAGAACCUGAUCUGCCCUGUAAACCAUGCACUUUUACAGACAACAGAGAUACAGCUAUUUUACAUUUAUUAAAGGGUGUGGACUGGCAUUGAAAGUUUCAAUAGCAAUAAACUGAUUAUAUGUCAUCAAUCUCACCUAUUUCCUGUCUUGUGUCUCGUCCAAUCAGGAGCAGUACUUAAACCUGCGGCCGGAACUCCGGGAACGUGCCUACGGCGACAUCAGCGAGCGGCAGGCGGUGCGCCAACGGCUGCAGUGUCACUCUUUCAAGUGGUACCUGGACACCAUCUACCCCGAGAUGCAGGUUGCCUCGCCCCACAACAAGCCCCAGCAGCCUGUGUUCGUCAACAAGGGCCUCCGCCGACCAAAGGUGCUGCAGAGAGGCCGGGUAAGAUGCUAAAGUGGUCCCAGAUCAGUUUGUGCUGUAUGGCCAACUCCUAUGGUCGCAUCAACCAUAGGAGUUGGCUAUACAGCACAACCUGAUCUGGAAACAAGGCUAGAGUUGUGCUACUGUACCCCAUAGAAAAAUUAUUGUAUGUUGUACACUGUUGUGUCUCAGAAUAACACUGUUCAAACUUCAGCACUGAACAUGCAAUUUUGUGUAACAAUAAGAGGCCAAUUGGUCUUCGGUCAUCGAUACAUCACUGUUUAACUGCCCCCUGGUUUUGUCUUUAGUAGCUGGUAACCAUGAAAACUGUCUGCCAUAAAUUUAACAUGGUUACUUUGUUAAAGCUGUGUGUUGUCGGUGGUCAACCCCUGCCAUCUAGAGGCAAUAACAAAAAAUAAACCUCAAGGAAUGUAUGUUCUCAAUCUCUUCGUUUUUAAGGUGUAAUUAUGUACAUCAUUCACAUGCAAAUAGCCCUCUAUGACAUAUUUAUAGUCAUAAAUUAAAUAAAGUUACUUGUUUACUAUCAGUGAAGCACCUUCUCUGUAUACAAACAGUAGAUGUCUCCUGAUGGACUAGUGGUCCUCAGAAGUUGUAAACAGUGUAACAAUAUUCCAUGUUCCCAGUCACGUUUCUUUAGGGUUAAUAUGAUAAGGUUUGAAUGUAGUUCUAAGAUUGCAACGCAGAAAUACCUGAACAUUCUUCAAAAGCCAAGGGAAAGCAAAAAUGAUCAAUACAAUGUUACAUACUGCACCUUUAAGUUGUUUUCUUAUUUAAUUAAAUUGAAGAAAAUGCCAUAUCCAUUCAACAGGGGGCAGCCUGGUGUUGUGCAAGUCAUGAAGGAACUCCAGUCCCCAGGAUGAAAAGACACAUACCACUCACAGAGGCUCAGAACUCCCGCUUCAAACAGACUGAUAGAAAACAAGUUACAGUGCAUUCGGAAAGCAUUCAGACCCCUUCCCUUUUUCCACAUUUUGUUACGUUACAGCCUUAUUCUAAAGUGGAUUAAAUUAAAUAUUUUCCUCAUCAAUCUACACACAAUACCCCAUACUGACAAAGCGAAAACAGGUGUUUAGAUUUUUUUGCAAAUGUAUUAAGAAUAAAAAACAUUGGUUUUCUUUGAAAGCAAUACAUCUAGGAUAUAGACCUACUGAGCACAUAAUGUACAAACAUGCCUCUUUGCCACUGUGCAUGGUGGUGGCAGCAUCAUGCUGUGGGGAUAUUUUUCAGCGGCAGGGACUAGUCAGGAUUGAGGGAAAGAUGAACGGAGCGAAGUACAGAGCGAUCCUUGAUGAAAACCUGCUCCAGAGCGCUCAAGACCUCAGACUGGGGCGAAGGUUAACCUUCCAACAGGACAACGACCCUAAGCACACAGCCAAGACAACGCAGGAGUGGCUUCGGGACAAGUCUGAAUGUCCUUGAGUGGCCCAGCCAGAGCCCAGACUUGAACCCGAAUGAACAUCUCUGGGGAGACCUGAAAAUAGCUGUGCAGUGACGCUCCCCAUCCAACCUGACAGAGCUUGAGAGGAUCUGCAGAGAAGAAUGGGAGAAACACCCCAAAUACAGGUGUGCCAAGCUUGUAGCGUCAUACCCAGGAAGACUCGAGGCUGUAAUCGAUGCCAAAGGUGCUUCAACAAAGUACUGAGUAAAGGGUCUGAAUACUUAUGUAAAUGUUAUAUUUCAGUUAAUUUUUUAUAAAUUAGCAAAAAUGUUAACCUGUGUUUGCUUUGUCAUUAUGGGGUAUUGUGUGUAGAUUGAUGAGGGGGAAAAAACUAUGUAAUCACUUUUAGAAUAAGGCUGUAACUUAACAAAAUGUGGAAAAAGUGAAGGGGUCUGAAUACUUUCCGAAUGCACUACGUAUUUCAUAUUGAUAAACCACCGCCAGCUCUGCUACACCAGUCUCCCUGAGAGGACAUUCAUAUUCUAGUUAGUCUGGAAGGAAACUUCAUAGUGAAUUCUUAAAGAUGGAAUCCACAGUAGGGGGAAACGUUACCACUGUCCGCCCCACAGCCAUUGUUAUUGGUUUUGCUUUGUUGACAAAGCAGAGGUAGGGAGCGCUGGUGGAGCGUCGUGCAUCGGGGGGGGGGGGGGGACAGACAAAGGAAACGUUUCACCAUUAAGUAUUCCAGCUUUAACAUACCUGUUUUUCUGAAGAUAUCAAUAAGGUUAUGGAAACAGGCAGAUUUAGCAAGGAGGCAUUUGGUGUAAGGUCCCUCAAUAGAUUGAAAAUAUUAUUGUCAUGUAGAUUCAGGGGAGUGGGUGUUGGUCUAUUGUACAUUCCAGUGGCAUAGUCUGGAGUCUGGACAUAACUUCAGUUGGUUUUUAUCCAUGUAUCUUUGAGUUUAUGGGCGUGUUCCAGUUCAUAUAGUUUUGUAGUCGCACAGUGCAUAUUAUCAGAUCUCACAAUGCCUGAAGCCAGAACCACAUUAAUAUAACAUAGCAAUGUUCUCAGAUGCGCUGUCAGGUUGCAAUAAAGAUGACCUGGAACGCAACAGUGUCUUCACCUUCACCUUAGACUGCUCACUUCUCCUUUUCUCUCUCUGUAGUUGCGGAACCUGCAGGCUGACAGGUGUCUGGUGGCCCAGGGGAGGUCCACCCAGAAGGGGGGUGCCGUGGUGCUGAGGUCCUGUGAUACUCACAACCCAGAACAGGUACACUAA